ACGCAAACUGGUCCGCAGUAAAUUUUCACUUUGUGGCAUUUACCCAUAGAAAAGAAACCCUAUGCAUUAAAACGCUGUUAAAACCAUUAACGUCAUAUGUAAAGAAAGGAAAUCCAUGUAAGAUAAUAUCCCGUCAAUUCGGAACGUCCGGCUUGUAAAGAACCCGCUGCAUUGUCACCUAGAAACACACCUUAAUUGCUUAUUCGGUUUCUAAUUCUUCUGAUCUUAUUUACUGAUAGUCAUGAGUAGUUUUCUAGAUGAUAUUAAGUCAGCCAAGCUGAAAAAGUCAGCUCAUGCUACAAAAGACUAUUCCAGUCCAAAACUUGCUGGCUUUACUUCUUCUGAAGAGAUUAAAGAAUACCAAAAUGCUGUAUUGGAUGUCAAUACUGAGUUAUGGCAAGAAUGCCUCAAAGAGGUCACUUUUCCAUCAAAAUAUUGUCCAAUCAGCAUAGAAGAGGCUGAAACAUUUGUUAGGAUAUUUGAACGUAUGUUUAAAAAUCUUGAUGCAGAAAGAAUCUCUAAGAUAGAUUUGUGGGGAAAUCUGACACCAGAAGAAAAGAUUGUGAUUGAUAAUUUAUCAUCUAAAUUGGAUGUAGUUUUACAAGAAGUGAUAAGAAACUCAAAGGAAGGAUGUGCUUUUGUCAAAACCUCAAGUAGAAGUCCCAAAGAUGCACCAAUGGCUCAUGGCAAAUUUGGAGAAUUGUACAAGUCAUAUUUAAGUAAAUUGUCUGAGGAAGAAAGAAACUGUGAAAAUCAACAAAUAAUAUGCUUACUAAAAUCAGCCUUUGAAGCCAUGAAAGUGACGUCUGCACGGGAGGUGAUGCAACUAAUGAUCACUAGCGAGAGAAUUUAUCAAGACAUGCUGCUAGCUUUAGAAAUUAAAGAUCGAUACCAUGAAAACUUUGUUGUUCGAGAAUUUGUGCCAAUUGAUGUGGAUAUGGAGUUUCGUGCCUUUGUUUUUGAUCUUGAGCUGACUGCAAUAGCACAGUACAAUUAUCUUGUCUUUUCGGAUAGACUUUUAAAGGAAAAAGAUGUUAUCAUAGAAAGACUACAAAAAUUUUAUAAAGAAGAGGUCAAGACGAGAAUAACAACCAAAUUUCCUCAACAUUUUAUUGUAGAUUUUGCUGUUUGUAAAGAUAAGAUAUGGGUAAUUGAGAUUAAUCCAUUCCUGGUAUCUACUGACAGUGGGUUAUUUAGCUGGGAACACGAAAGACAUUUACUAGAAGGAAAAGAGGGCUUUCAGUUCAGAAUUGUAGAAAAAGCAAAACCAGGAGCAAAGACAAUGUUACCAUCUAGUGUUAAAUGUUUACUGUCCAAAACAUAAUAUCUAUAUAGGUAGGAAGAUCUACAAUUACAAUGCAUUCACAAAAAAGAACAUUUAAAAAACCCAGAACAAACCCAAAAUUUUGUGAUAAGUUUAUCAAGAUCUAUCUAUUAUAUCAAGUAGAUGGAUCUAAAGACAGAUUACACAAAUAUCUUAAUUAAACUAAAUCUUUCUUUAUAUUUUUACUUUUAAUCGUUUUAUUUAAUAACAAGAUUUUCAUAAAGAAUCUUGAAUAGAUCCAGCUCAAAUUAUUUCUGUUUUGACUAAAUAUUGGUCUGCACAAAACAGUCUAAACUGGUGUCCUACCAAGAUUUCCAUUUGUUUAAGAGGAAAAAUUACCUUCACCUUGCAUCUGAAGUAUGCAUUAUACAUUCGUUAAUGUGUGGAUUCAGAUAAUUAUCAGUAUGGAUAAAUGUAUUUACUGUAUGUUAGUUUGCAAGUUACUAAUACACAAUUGACACGGUUUAGUUCAGGUCAAUUUGUUCUAGUCAAAGCAAAGAUAAUUUGAUCUGGAGCAAUGGAGUUAAACAGGUUUAUGUUAUAUAUUUUUGUUUUUUUUAAUAUUUUACUUUAUAAAUUAUAUGGAUUUAAUAUAUAAAUAAAUAUAUGUCAUGA